AUGACGAGAUGGGCGAGGAACUACCUUGAAAACCCAGCAAAUGACAAAGAACUCUUCUAUGAAGAGUUCAUUAGCAAACUCAGAGAGGCAGCAAAUAUGUCCAUGCCACAGAUCAAACAAUUCAAGAUCGAUCACAAAGAUGCUGUGAAAGAGUCAAAGAACUCAAUGCCAGAGUUAACAGAGUCCAAAAACUCUUCAGGCGGGAGCCAUCUGACGAGAUGCACAGACUUCUCAGAGAGGGGAAAAGAGACAGCUCCUGGAGCAGAUGCAAUCACCUAUAGCAUGCUGAGGCACAUGGGAGACCCUGCCAAACAGGUAUAUCUUCUCCUGGUAAACAGGACAUAUACAGAGCACAUCAGGCCAAAGAAAUGGCAACAGCAAGACACGCAACCAAUACCAAAGCCAAAGGAGCCAGGUGCAUAUAGGCUGAUAUCCCUCAUCAGCAGCACGGAAAAAGUUGCAGAAAGAAUGGUUCUAAACAGACUAUUAUGGAAAGCAGGGCCCCUACACCAUAGGCUCUAUGCCUGUAGGGAAGGAGUAGGCACCCACGAGUGCCUUACAGAUGUGCUAAGUGCCAUAAAUGGCAAAAAAUCCAAAGUGGUCUUCUUGGAUCUAGAAAAAGCAUAUGAACUGGCUAAUGCAGCAACCAUCCUUUCCUCCCUAGUCCAAAAGAGGAUCAAAGGCAACCUGCUUACAUGGACAAAAGGAUACAUGCAAGACAGAGAAGCAAGAUUAGUGUUCCAAGAACGAAAGGAAGAAUUAUGGCAAAAGCACAGUACAGGGGUUCGGUUGUGGGUAUUUCUUCCCCUGCUGGGAUCGUUCCUAGGGACUGGAGCGCCCGGUGCCCAGGCUUUCACCCCAAAGUCAGUGGAUGGGAAGUUGGUAGUGCCAGAUACGACAAGGAUUGAUAAUUCGGUCUUGAAGGCAUCGGAGGCGGACACUUUUCUCUCCCUCUGGUUCAUCUACUUGCUCGACGAACCCGUCCAUGUCUCAAGUGAACCAUGGACGCUCCUCAUCCCCAAAAACGCCGGCCUCCCGAAGAGGGGAGGAUUCCUUGAGGACAAGGACACCACCAAGAAAAUCCUCCUGAACCACGUCGUCCUGGGACAGGUGAUCGAUGCCAACAACCCUCCCCAGAGACCCGCGCCCUCUACGAUGGCCGGCACGCCCCUGAUCUUCACUAAGGAUGCGAACGGCCCUAUGGUAAACGGAGUCCGUUUGACAGGAGAGGAACACAAGCUGUCAGAGGGCGUGGUAUACAUACUCGAGAGUUCCCUCCCUAUCCUGGAUUUGGGCGGCGGCAGCAGCAGCAGCAGCAGCAGCAGCGCCCCAACGCGAGCCCCAAGCACGUACCCCUCCCACCUCCUCCUCCCCCACCAGCAUCCCCCCCUGACCCACCGAUUCGCCACUUUCAAGCCCCGGCGAGACCGCCCACUCGGCCUCACCAGCAACAACCUGAAGCCCGAAGCCCAAAUCGGCGUGAUCCCCGAGAACAUCGAGCCCGUGUUCGAGGACCUCGACCCCCGCCCGGACGAAAUCGGGGCCUUCGAGGAGGAUUUGGGAAGUGGGUCCGCCUCCGAUUUCUCGAUCCCCACCAGGCGGAGGCCGUCUUCUGCCUCCUCCGGUCCCUCCGACCCUUCUUCUUCUUCAAACGCCAACGGCAACAGCCACAGCAACAGCAACGAGAACAAGCCUUCAGGAGGGUUCUCCGAGUUCUCCGGGUCGGAGAUCGAGCCUAGCAAGGAGAAGACCUUCCUCGCGUCCUUCUUGGACUCUCUGAGAACGACCAGAGCUCACACCGGCGCAGAGUUCCUGCACCACUUCUUGGCGUCCAACAUUACGGACAAGUUCAGGGAUGCUGGUCGGUACACAGCCCUCGUGCCGUAUGACUCAGCAUUCUACCAGUAUUAUCCCAUUGACUGGGGCUUCAACCCCUUCCUGGUGGCGAACUUCACCAGGGACGUCGUCCUCAACCACUUCAUAAGGGGCAACGUCGCCCUUGAGGAUCUCCCCAGCUUAGCUGAGCUGACCACCCUUGGAGGGAGAGUAAUCAAAUUCAUCAGGAAGGGCAACAAACUUCUGGGCAACGGGGUGGAAGUUGUGUUCGAAAGUGAAACUGUUCUGUCGCGCGGUCGCUCCUAUGUAGUUCAAGAUCUGUUCUUCGUCGACCAUGAGAGGAUCAUGGAACUGCAGGCAGAACACGGUGAUUUGGAAACCGCCCCCCUCCUCGGGGACCCCUGGCCAACCUCCCAGUUCCUCUCCCACCUUUUCGACCGCGUGCAGCAAAACGAACGCACGAGCUUCUUCUCGGAAUACCUCAACCUCACCAACUUGGCCUACCUACUCCCUGGGCACGAUGAAAAUCUUGAUCCCCUCAAAUACACCGCCUUCAUUCCCCUGGAUGACGCAAUUGCCAAUAUCCUGUAUGCGGACGCCCCUGACCCCUUCAUACUGGAUGAGACUCUGCGAGAAAAGUUCAUCCUCAAUCACCUCGUGAAGGGCAGAAUGUAUGAAACAGAUCUCAAGGACGGAACAACCUUCACUAAUCUGGCCAACAACACCAUGACCAUCACCAAGGGAGCAGAUGGAGUGUUGAAAGUCAAUAACAUUGAAGUCAUUGAGUCCCAGAUGUACAUCUACAACUUAGGAGUUAUGUAUUUGAUACACGGUGUUGUGGGCGUGACAGACCAAGACAUCAUCCUCGCUGUAAACAAAUAUCCUGCUUUAAACGCUGAACCUACUAAGGAACUAUUGCCUCUUCCAUCCCUAGUGCCAGACAAUGAACCCGCCACAACUCCAGAGGCCUCAACCACACUGGCCCCGCUCUCCACAACAAAAUCAACCACCACGACUGCCACCACCACCACCACCAUCCCCACCACCGUCCCAGAAAGAACGACUCCCCAGCCCUUCUUCAGACGCUCGCCUCCCUCCGUCAGGCCAUUUCCAUUCACCAGAUCGAGCAACCCCAGGACUACCAGCACCACCACAACCACAACAACGCCAUCUCCUUCAGCCACAACUCCAGAGAUCCGAUAUGAAACCAGGACAGAAAUAAGCAUAUCAAGGAGAGUCAACGAUGGGGAGCUCGAGCCACUCGCAGCAAACACCACGAGUUGAUGGGAUUAGUCUCCCAUAAAAUUUAAGUUUUGAAAUGCAAAACUUGCAGUGUUGCAACCCAUAUUCAGGACAAUCACGAGAAAAUUUUUAAAGACAAACCUACAGUUAACGAAAUCAGGUAUCCAUUAUUUUGUUGGCCACCCUCUUAGUGAAACACUGAAAACAUGAACUUUACAACGGAGCAGCAAAAUAAUCCCAAUACAUAAAUCUAGACGUACAAGAGUACAACCUCAUUUUGGCUAAUGACAAACCUCCAAAGGGGAAGCACUCCAGUAUUCUUGCUCAUUUGAAGCAAUAGUGUAAAUACCUUCAUACUGUAUAAAAACAUGCUGCAAUUAGCCGUCUUUCAGGUACAUAUAUGUAUAACCUAUUUGACCACAAGAAAGGAGCAGUAACGUUUUGUGUACUAUUAAGGAAACUCAUGUUCUACUAUAUGAAUCAAAUUGAGAUAUAAACAGGCAACGUAGCUAUUUAUGCACGCUGUCUUCCUCUACAUUGACAAUCCUCAUGACUAUGGUAAAUACACCGCACUUACAGCUUAAGGUAAAUAAGAAAAACCUUAAAAGAUACGUUUCCCUUCAGACUGGUGCAAUAAGUCCUGAGACUGCCAUCGGUAAACAUCAAAAGUUUCGAAAUGUCAAAUUCCUGGAAGUUGGGGUAAGAUUGACCAAAGGUAUUUUGGAUUGUGUAUAUUUCUCUUAUAUAUAUUAUAUAUAUCUAUAUCUAUUCUGUAUGAAUCGAUCACUUGUUCUUGGGCAGGAAAGUCUCCCAAGUACCUGAGCCUGAUUAUAAGUACAUUACUUAGGUUUCAAUUCUUCAACAGCUCUUGAGUACGAUAUGGUCAGAUUAAGUGCAAAUCCCUGGUCUUCUGUUUUGAAGUUUUCAUUUCCUUUUCCAUAUCUUGACUAUGACUGGACCAAGUUUUGAAGUUUUUUGUGCAAAAAAACACAUCCACGUUCCUUAUCUUAAAGGAAUACUCCUUUAUGGUUCAGAUGUGCAUAAAUGCCAGUCUAAGAAACUAAAUUCAAGUUCACAACAUCAAAAGUAUUCCUCUGCAACCAGUUCCUAUAAUAGACUAAAAAUACCAAUCCCUAAAUCUCAUUAGUGUUGCAUAAUGUAAGUAGAUCUUCAUUUGCGCUAUUAGUACUUAUGUAAAGAAACCUCUCAUUUUAAAACACAGGGACUCUUCCAUACUGAGCUUUUGAGCACAUCACUAGAUAUACGAUAACAAAGAACUAAUUCUACUGGCUGAGUUCCUUAUGGAAAUACACCUGUGCUACGUACUCUUCAAGUCCCAUAUAAACAAAUGAGAGAUCUCAAUCUGGGAAAUCCACCUAAUGACUCUCACUCCCUCUCCUUCUAUGAGAAACAAACCCCCUUAUCCCUUUUGCAAAGUAUAAGAGCUUAUGGAGAUCUAGUCAUCAUAUCAACCAAACCCAAGUAGUGCCAAGCGCUGUUGAUUACCGCGAGCCUCAGAAAAUGUUCUUAGUUACAAGAAAACGUUAUUGACUUGUGAUAUUAAUUAUUCAAAUUUUGUUGUGUAUGUCAUUUUUAUAUCAUUAUGAAUGUUGUUGUCUAAAUGAUUAUGGCCAUCUGUUUAUUGAUGGGCAAAUGUCUGUGUUACUGAGUGUGAUAUUCUUAUAUUAAACAAUAAUUGUAA